AGCCGAGCCGAGCCGGAGCUUCGGCAAGAGCGGCCUCUCCCGUAGAAGGGCGGGUGGGCAAGGCAGGCAGGCAGGCAGGCAGGCUAAGCCAGCAACAAGUGCGCAGGGAGGCAGGCGAGGCGAGGGAGGGCGAAAGCUGACGUCAGCGAGCGGGGUAUUAUGGUCUGGUCUGGGCUGGCUCCUGCCGCCGCCGCCGCCGCCGCCGCCGCUUUUCUGCUGCCAGCGGCCGAGUAAACAUGGAGCUCUCCGCCGUGGGCGAGAGGGUCUUCGCGGCCGAGGCCUUGCUCAAGAGACGCAUCCGGAAAGGUCGUAUGGAAUAUCUGGUGAAAUGGAAAGGCUGGUCUCAGAAAUACAGCACCUGGGAACCUGAGGAAAACAUCCUAGAUGCCCGCCUGCUUGCUGCUUUUGAGGAAAGGGAAAGAGAAAUGGAACUUUAUGGUCCUAAGAAACGUGGCCCCAAACCCAAAACCUUCCUUUUAAAGGCCCAGGCCAAAGCCAAAGCCAAAACAUAUGAAUUCCGUAGUGACUCUGCUAGGGGCCUCCGGGUACCUUAUCCUGGACGAUCUCCCCAGGAACUUGGCUCUACUUCCCGGGCUAGAGAAGGACUGAGACAGAUUCCACUGCCCCCUCAAAGCAGCUCCACCACCUCUACCCCCAGCAUGCCUCGAAUGGAGCCCAUCCAGGAAAACAGGGUGGGGUCAGAGGAAGACCAUUCUGAAGGCGCCUUCAAAAAGCGAGGUCCAAAGCCCAGGAAAGACCUGCCUGAAAUGGCAGAGGUUGCCUCAAAGCGGAAAUCAAUGGAGCCUGGCGACAAGAUGGUGGUGGACUACCUAAAAGCCAGAAAAUUGGAAGAGACAGCUAACUCUGGGACAGCAAAAUUCAGUUCAGGACACAGUGUGAUCCAGUUAGCCCGGAGACGAGAGCCUGAGUUACCCAGCGUUGUUCCCAACCCAAGGGCAGAGACUGGCAUGAAACUGGGUGCACCUGAGACUUACCCUCCUAGACUGACCAAGCACAGGGCGGAUUUCCUGGAUUCCAAAGGACAAAGUGGUUUGGACUUGGGGGCUUCUAAGAUCUUGCACAGCUCUGCAAACCAAGGCAGCUUAUAUCGAGAUGGCAUAGGGACGCAGGCUGGCAGGCCUUCCCUCAUCGCCCGCAUCCCUGUCUCCCGGAUCCUGGGUGACCCAGAAGAAGAACCUUGGAGCCCAUCUCUCAACAAUUUGGAGAAAGUAGUAGUGACUGACGUGACAUCCAAUUUCUUGACAGUAACCAUCAAGGAGAGCAGCACAGACCAAGGAUUCUUUAAAGAAAAGCGGUGAAUUCCUUCAGAGAAAAGAAGGCAUUGAAAGGCUUUGGAUAGAGGUCGGCUGAAUUGGGGAUUUUUUUAAAAAAAAAACACUUUUAUUUUAAAACUUUUUUGGACAGGCUUGCUUUUCAAAUAUCUGUCCUUAAUUCUUUUCUUUAUCUCUCCCUCCCCAUUCCAACCUUGCCACCAUGCCACCAAUUUCAAUUUUGGUUGAAAAAAAUAUCUCUAGAGUUAUAUUUUCUAUUAGAUGUAAAUAUGUUAUUUAAAGAAAAAUACAUAUAUAUAUAUCUAUAUAUAUAUCUAUAUACAUACAUAUAAAUAUAUAUAUUUCAAUUCUUUAAGUUGUUUGAUUGUUGUUGUUUUUUUAAUUUAAGGCCUUUAGAGAAGGAUAUUAAAACAGAAACGAUGCAUCUCUUGCCUCAACUUGCAAGAGCUGGUGUGUAGAUAAUGAAUGAUCCUGUUACUCAAUCAUAAUACCUUGAUUUAAUUCCCCCCCCCCCCCCCCAGUUGUUUCUCCUUCCUUCCCACAAAUAUGAUGUUGACUGAAAAUACGGGGAUAUUAUAUUCAUCUGGGGAUUGAAAAAGUUCCAGGGUUCUUUUUUUAAUUGUUAUAUUAUAAGGUGUUGCUUUGUACAAUCAAGUGUGCUGUAUACACAACUGUUCUGGCUGGACAGCUGAAGUAAGCACUUGACUUUACAGUAUUGUCUUGCUUUGUUUUGCUCCAGUUGAAAAAAAAAAGUUGUUGUUCUAAAAAGUGUCCAUUAAAAACAGUUGAAAGAUGUUUUAGCAAAGUAUUAACUUGAAUACCUUUUCUUGCAAGGGAGAAGGGGAUAUGUAAGAUUUUUUAAAAGUGUAGCUGCUGUUAUGCACUUUAAUAUGACUGUCAUAGAGGGAAAGUGGGAAUGGUAGAAGAAGAAAUUGAGCUGAUAGUUUAAUUUAAUUUUGAUUCUCUCUUUCUCCCUCCCUCUCUUUUCCCUGCUCACUCCAAUAAGAAAAUCUGUUUACAUUCCUUACAUGCCAGAAAGUUGGGGAGGAAAGCAUCUGACUGGUCAUAUUCUCAGUGUUCCUGCUGUUAUUUUGAAAGUGGAUUUUCCAAUCUCCCCCCAAUGUUUGUAGUUCCUUUGUAGGCUAUGAGAUUAACGUGUGGCACAAAAUCAUUGUUUUCCUCAUACAUUAAGGAUACGAGACAACUCCCCAUGUAAUGGGGCUGGGAAAGACCAGGAUUUCAGAGUUAGCUGCUUUUCUAGCUAAAUUUCUUUUUCAUUUUUUUAGAAAGAAGCAUCUGUUCUGAUUCUCUCUCCCCUCCCCUCCCACAGUUUCUAAGCCAAGUGAUGGAAAAAAAAUGCUUGUCAACUUCAAGCAAACAUUUCAACCAUUUUUCUCUUCCCUUGAAGAUGAACUCUGCUUAACUUUUCAAGAAAAGCUUUUGGUUGUGCUUUAUUCUGUAAAGCUCCCGAUUAAGAGAGAACAUGCAGAGGAAAUUGGGGAAAGGGUCGCUUCCUCUGCUUUUAGCAGGUGCUGUGGUGUCCCAAUAUAUAUUGAUUUAAGCAUCUUUUGUUGGUUCAAAAAGCACAAAUCUGCCUCACAGCCCCUAAGGGCCUAGCAGGGGGAUGUGUUGACUUCUCUGUUCUUUUUCUGAAUGGCUGAUUCCCUGGGUCCUUUUAACACACUUUCUAAUUGGGGGAGGGAACAAGGCACGAAACUCUAUGUGUGGCCUAGUGAGAAGAGACACGGAGGAGGAAAAUCAGGUGUUGCAAGAAGCAGAAAUACCCUGGUCAUUUCUGGGCUCAAAUAGAAAUAUUGUCCCUUGGCCCACCUAUCUCCUGCUUCUUGGAGGUGGGAUUUCUCCAGCAA